GUUUCUUGAGCUGGAGCGCGAUGUCCGCGAUGACUCCAGCUCUGCAGAACAGCAGUGUCUUCUACAGGCGCGUGCUGAGCCGCUUUCCUCAGGACAUCAGUCUGGCGUUUGCUUACGGAUCCGCGGUGUUCAGACAGACUGGAGGGCAGAUGGGGAAGAACAUGCUGGACUUCGUGUUCGCUGUGGAUGAUCCGGUCACAUGGCACACCAUGAACCUCAUGGAGAACAGGAAGCAUUACUCUUUCCUCAGAUACCUGGGGCCCAAACACAUCAGCAGCAUACAGACUGACUAUGGAGCUGCAGUUUACUUCAACACCCUCGUCCCUGCUGAAGACAGGGUGAUCAAGUACGGUGUGAUCAGCACAGAUGCUCUGAUCGAGGACUUGCUCCACUGGAAAACCCUGUAUGUAGCAGGCCGGUUACACAAACCUGUUCGAAUUCUGCUCCAGAGUGAGCAUGGAAAACUGCGGGCCGCUCUCGUACGGAAUUUGAAAAGUGCCGUGAUCGCUUCUUUUCUCAUGCUGCCGGAAAGUUUCUCCGAAGAAGACCUGUUCCUCCAGAUAGCAGGCUUGUCCUACUCUGGGGAUUUCAGGAUGGUGAUCGGCGAGGAUAAAUCCAAGGUUUCCAACAUCGUGAAAGAGAACAUGCCGCAUUUCCGGAAGUUAUAUAACAGUAUUCUUCAAGAGUGCCCGCAGGUGGUGUACAAGCCUCAGCAGGGCCGGCUGGAGGUGGACAAAAGCCCGGAGGGUCAGUUCACGCAGCUCAUGGCUCUUCCUCGCUCUCUCCAGCAGCAGAUCACGCGUCUGGUGGAGCGUCCCGGGAAGAACAGAGAUGUGGAGGAGAUCCUGCUGCAGGUGGCACAGGACCCAGACUGCGGCUCCGUCGUACAGCAAGGAAUUUCAUCAAUCGUGAAAUCCUCCAGCAUAACGCAGAGUGCCAAAGGAAUCGCCACCGCUGGUCUCGUCAAAACAGUGUCAUACAGCGCAAAAAAGCUGCAGAAAAUGUGGAGAGGCUGGCGCAGAAGACCAUCAUGACUGACAGCAGUUGUGUCAAAUAUAGUGUUAUUUCCACAGUUAUUUAUUGACAAUCUAAGUAUGAAGCUGACUAAUGACUGAAGCAGUGAUUCGUUCUCGUUCUGUAAUGCACAAUAUUCCUGAGAAAAUGUCAAUAAAGGUUUCUAAGUGUG